CAAACAUAUAGAGAGUGGUAAAUGUAUAACGAGGAAGAGAGGUCUAGCAUGGCGAAAAGAGUCGUGUUUAGUAGCCAAGGAUGACUUGCCUGCUCUUGUUCACCUCCACGAUUCAACUUUAUACGUUGAAGGGUUUUGGAUUAUUGUGCAUUCAACAUGUAUAAUAAUUUGAAAUCAUGUUGAAUCUUUGUGGGUUAGGUUUCAGGCAGUCUCCUUGGCUAUUUUGACAUACUUUUUUCAUCCAUGUUAUACCUGUUAUUCUUUCUAUAUUUUAGAGUCCAUAUAAUUUUAUUAUUAAAUUACUAAAAAUCAAUCGUUUGAUCAAUCUCAUGAAGCGUUAUUCAAAAUGCAUUAUUUGCUACAAAUAUAUGGUGGUGAGUGUGUAUGCAUUGUUUAGAAGGAGAUGUCAAAGAUGAAUAGGAGAAUUCUAUUUGGUAGCCAAGGAUGACUUGCCUACUUCUUUGCGAAGGAAAAUGGUCACGGUGUCAUGUUUGAAAGUGAAUAUAUAUUUAUAAGAGUAUAUCAAUUAGUGACCAUUUUGCGUAUAAAAAGAUAUUAGGCAGUCUCCUUGGCUAUCCUUAUAUGUUCUUCUUUCUCAUCUCAGACAUUUUACCUUCAUCCGUAUAAGAAGAUACGACUGAAAUUUCACGGAAAGGUAACGCAUGAUGCUGACAUUAUAUGCUUAGAUUUUGUUUAUACAUCAUAUAUAACGUAAUACACCAUGCACACUCUUACCCACACACACACACACACAUUACUAAGUAUUAUUCAAAAUAUUAUUGAAAUAAAGCUUUUUAGAUAUAUGAAAUUGGUUUAUAAGGUCAACAUGGAAUAGAAAUUCAAGUGAUGACUACAGAAUUUAACAUUAGUUAGACAUUGACCUAAAAACAACUUAUGCUUACCAAAAAUAUAUUGCAUUGUCUUUUUUUUUUAAACUAACUAUUGAGAUAGUUAAAGCUACCUAAUGAAUGAUUUUCAAUCAUUUUUUCUUUACUUUCCUCUUCGAAGAAUGAAAGAUUUACAGCCAUGAAAGAUUUUCAAACAAUUUUUCUUCUUCUAUCAAUCAUCUAGUCUCAUUCUUGUUACAUGGUAUUUUGUAAUAAAGAAAAACAUGUUUGUUCGAUCUUAAUUGCAUGUAUGUGGUACCAAAAAUUUAGUGUGUUACUGUUGGUGUACCAUUCUAACUUCCAGUUUAUAUGUCAAGCAAAAUAAUAUUAAAAAUUGUGUUAAAAUAGAGAGAUAAUCUGAAAAGUACUCUACUAAUAGUUUAAAUGUUUAAAAUUAUGCCUUUUAUUUUUUUGAAAUCUACAUUUUAUCAUAUGUGAAAAAAAAAUUUAUCCAGAUUAAUAUAUUAAAAUUUACUAAAUCCCAUGAAUUAUGAUUGGAAAUAGACUACUUGAAUGUUAGUGUGGUAAGACACUGAGUUCAGGUACCAAUAUUCCAGAAGGGUUUGGAACUGGAAAUGUAAGUGUUACAGAACGUCGAACCUGCUAUAUUAAUUUCUUUUAGUAGAUUUUAAGUCGAUUUAUGCAGGAUAGAUAUAUAUUUGAUUAUAUUCAACUAUUUAAUUAACUCAGAUCUCGUUUUGCUCCAUCAUAUCGAAACCAUAAUCAUGAAAUCAACGUUUGUUGUUCAAGAACUGAGAGAACAACGUCUAACACAUCAUUUUAUAGUGAGUUAUCAUCACCGCAAGUUGUUCUCUCAGUUAUAUGUAUAUUCACAGAAAACAAGCUGAAACAAGCUGAUUCAUAUUAAAAUUUUAUGUGUGUAUUUUUCCAAUUUUUUCCUAAAAUACAUGUUGGAGGAAGAUAUUAGAUUAAGUCUAUUGGGUAAUUGAGCUAUGAAUGAGUGAAAGCCCAUGUCUAUGAUGGACGUGUUCACUGCUAUAUUUGCUUAUUGGAAUAUCUUAUACAUCAUCGAGAGAUCAUUCACCCAUUCAUAAUUCGUCACGUGUAUAGAUAUAAUUGGAAAAGCGUCGGCAGAUCUUCUCCGACAAACCUCAUACGUAUAUAUCAUUUCCUCGUUAAUCCCGAGUCUGAUUCUCCUCAGACCAAACAACAACAAGUUUUUCUUCUUUCUUAGAUCAAAAUGAGCUACGAGAAGGUUCCGCCUGAAACGUAUCCUCCUCCAGGUUACCAAUCUCAGUAUCCUCCACCGCCGGGUUAUCCAUCAGCACCUCCGCCUCCCGUAUAUCCUCCGUCGCAUCAUCACGAAGGAUAUCCUCAACACCCACACGGAUAUCCAUCGUAUCCACCACCAAAACCGCCUUCACGUCCUCCUUACGAAGCCGGGUAUCAGGAGUACUUCUCCGGAGGCUUUCCUCCUCCUCCUCCACCUCCGCCGCAGCAAUACAAUCAAUGCCAUCAUGAUCAUCACUAUUACCAGGACUCGAACUCUGGUUGCACCUCUUUCCUCCGUGGCUGUUUCGCUGCUCUCUGUUGCUGCUGCCUGUUAGACGAUAUCUUCGUCUAAGACUGGAGAGUUAUUCAUAAAAACUUAAAUGAUUUGGUGUAUGUUUUUUUCUCUGAAGUUGUCAUUGUGUACUUAAAAGAUUACUGCAUUGGGUGUUGGAAUGAACUUACAAAGCCAUGGUACCAAGACCAUAGGCUAAUGGAAUUCAUUUAUAGUUUGUAUGCUUUAUUUGAAGACAAGCAGCUUGAGUAUUGAUAAACUUUAGUCUA